AAUGAAAACGGAAGUUACCGGUCGCGCAGGUCAAUUCCAAUUCACCCGACGCGUUGUAAAACACACCAGAGUUGCGAGCUGAGCCUAACGCCAUCUGCCCUUCGGAUCCGAAAGUUGGAGGAGGGCGAGGUAGAGAGCGCGGAGGCGAGGCCUGCAAGGUCUCCCCUGUGGCGCCGGCAGCGGGGGAGGCGAUGCCGCACGAGCGGGGCGGCGCGGCAUCCACCUCCGCGGCGGCACCAACCUCCGAGGAGGACGCUCUGUUUAUUGAUCUACUACAUGAAGCCCCCCUGUCUGGUCAUCGGGAGCCUAGAAGCAUAGUUGGUGGCACCUUGUACUGUAUUUUGUUGGUAGGUUUUGCUGCUGUUGCCAUUUCAGCUCCAUGGAUAUUUCUCUUUGCACCGGACAUGAUCUCUCCAUUGUUAUGCAGCUCCAAUGUUAUCCUUCUAGUUCUUACAGGCAUUUUUCAACAGUACUGGGUUCACCAGGUCAGGAAAGUGAGAUUGCAGGGUUAUUAUGAGUUUAGCCAGAAACUGAAGCGGAUUGCUCGACUUCCAUUUGCUACUAUUGCUUGUGGGACUGCCUUGAUGCUCUUAAUCAUGGUCUGGCAACCUCUUGUACACAUACUAUCAGUUUUGCUGCUGCUGAGGAUUGCCAUUGUUGUUGAAGUCACGUGUACUGGAUGUUUUAUGGGCCUAUACUUAUGGCAUAUCCACAGAUACAAUUCUUUGGAUGGUCAGCCUGAUAUUUUGCGGUCAUUAUAUUCUGCACUUCAGCCAUCUAAUACUUUUGAAGAUCGAAGAUAUUAUGAUGCCCGCCUUUCUGAUCAGCAGAUGGCAUUACUUCAGUACCAAAGGGAGAAUAUUCAUUAUCUGAGUGAGGAGGUCCUUCGCUUGCAAGAAUGCUUAAGCAAAUACCAGAGAACCGAUGCUGGGACCACUCCUCAGGUUGAUCUUGCCCAUCUUUUAGCAUCUCGUGAUCAAGAACUUCGAGCACUUACCGCUGAGAUGAAUCAAGUGCAUUCCGAGCUUCAACUUGCCCGUGGUUUGAUUGAUGAAAAAGAGACAGAGAUCCAGCGUAUUCGUGUGAGCAACAACCAGUAUGUUGAAGAAAAUGAUAGACUUAGAGCUAUUCUUGGUGAAUGGAGUGCUCGAGCAGCAAAGCUCGAACGAGCCUUGGAGGCAGAGCGAGUGUCAAAUGUUGAAUUGCGGAAGAACAUUGCAAAGUUUAGAGGCCAUUUGUACAAAGAGCAGGAGGCCUGAUUUCCCCUUUUUAGGAACAUGUACAUCUUUGGUAUAUUUUAGAUAGUUCCAGAAUUUUACCGAGACAAUUGACUAAGGUAAUCAUCUCAUGGGAUGCUAGAAUUCCAGACGAUCAACACAAGUUUUUGAUAGAAGAGCAACUCGAUCUGGAUUCAGUGGAACGAAUUGAAACUGAUUACGAGAUGGGCACGUGACUGUCCGACGAUGCAUAUGCAUCAGGGUUAUGGAAAAAAAAAAGGAACUCUUGUGAUUUGUAGAAUAUGCAUAGUUUGAUGUACAGGUCUUCACAGAUUUGAAUAUGUAGACUAUGGUAUUCCUGCGGUUAAAGACUGCUGAGUUGUUAUGUGGUUGUGUUGCUCCAAUUAAUGAAUCCUGCGACAACGAUGGAUUUGCACUGA